AAUUCUUCGCGGGCCUCGCCGUGAAGUGGUAGCAGCAGCGGCAGCGGCAGUAGUAGUAGUAACGAGAGUCUCUCGUUGAUGAAAUGCCGCCCCGUACGAUUCGCUCCGAAAGGCGAGAUCGCUGUGUCUAAUACGUGAGUUCUACACGUCCGUCUGUGUGUUGUAUGUUUAUAAAUCUCGCGUUGACUCUGUGCUCCGUGCUACUACUGUAUACAGCGCGUCCUUUUUUUUUUUUGUUCGUCGUUGUUUUUCUGUGCUGUGCAACGAGUGAGAGUGUAUCAUUGUUAUAUAGUUAUCAAUUAGUGUCCAAAAAUUCAGUGCGUGUAUAUGAUAUACACCGAAAAAUUGUUCGUCGCUGCCGUUGUAUACAAGUGUCUCGUGCGUGUGUUCGAUUGAUAUAUCGAAUUACCGUGUCUCUCUCUCUCUGUGCGUGCGUUCGAAUUAACCGGUUGUGUGUACACAGUCUAAUACGGCUUCUGCUGCUGCUGUGUUUAUUCGAUAGGGUGCAUCGUCGUUACAAUUUUUUCUCUUCUCUCUCUCUCUCUCUCUUUUUUUUUAUUAUAAAAGAUAUAUAACUUAUAUGGGUUAUCCGCGCGACAUCGGGUAGACGAAGAAUUUCGAAGCAAGAGUUAAAGUAAAGUUCUCAUCGAGCAGAGAGAGCUAUACGUCAUGUCGUUCGCCGGUAGACUGUCGGCCGUGGGCCUGCUCGUGUCGCUGCUGCUCGUGUUCUGGUGCGCGACGAGGCCCACCCUGGCCCUGGAAUGCCCCACGGGCUCUCCCUGCCACUGCUACGCCAGCGACAUCAACGAGUACAGGAUCCACUGCGUCCCACCGGACGACGACGACGACAAAGUCAACGACAACAACAAGAGAAUCGUCGCGAGGCCCUCGCUCGACAUGGUGAUCGGGCCCGGCGCCUAUCUGCGGCUGCAGUGUCGCGCCGGCAACACGACCCGCUGGUCGGAUCAGCUGCGCCAGGUCCGCUUCGACAUCGGCCCCGUGGCCAGGAUCAUCUGGUCGGCCUGUCCGAUGCCGGGCGCCCGAGAGAUCAAGCGCGUCGUGCAGGCACUGGGGGUGCGCGACGUCGAGCAGCUGAAUCUCGAGAAUCUCAAGGGCGAGCUGAGCCCCGAGGAUCUGGCCGCGUUCCCGGGCCUGAGGCGACUCACGCUGUCCAACAACGACCUGUCCCAGCACGAGAUCAAGCUCGAUCUGCUCAGAGGCGUGCCGAAUCUACGUGUACUGGAGCUACGCAACACCCGGAUCGAUCCGCCCUCGGGCUUCUUCCUCAAGUCGCCGCAGCUGCGCGCCCUCGAGCUCGGCAAGAACGAGCUGCGCAGCGUCAAGCCGGGCCUGUUCGACGGUCUGCGACGCAUCGAGCUCCUCAAUCUCUGGUCCAACGAGCUCGAGCACCUCGAGGCCUCGGCCUUUCGCGGCCUCGGCCGCAGCCUGCACACCCUCGACAUCCAGCAGAAUCAGCUGGUCACCCUGCCUGCGGACCUGUUCGCCGAGCUCACGGAGCUCGAGGUGCUCAGCAUGGGCGGCAAUCGUUUCUCCUAUCUGCCGCCCGGUCUGUUCUCGGCCAAUCAGCGACUCAAGGUGCUGAAGAUGCCGAACAACCGGGCGAAUAUCACGGAGCUGCCGCGCCGACUGCUGGCCGAUCUGCCGGGCCUGACGAGCGUCGUGCUGAGCCGCAGCAAGAUACACCGGCUGCCCCCGGAUCUGUUCAGGGCGAGUCGCAAUCUCAGCGACGUGAAUCUCGACAAGAACUUCCUGACCAGUCUGCCGGAGAGCUUGUUGGAGGAUCAGUCGGAGCUGAGGAGCUUUUCCGCGGUGUUCAACGAUCUCAAGGUGAUACCCGAUGGUCUGUUCGCCAGGACGAGAAAGCUGACCAAGCUCAACCUAUCGAUGAAUCGACUGAGCGCCAUCAACGAACUGAGCCUGCGCGGCCUCGAGUCGCUCCAAGAGCUGAACCUCGAGAGCAAUCAGCUGGAGCACAUACACCUGGACGCGUUCGCCGAUCUGGUCGAGCUCCGAGUCGCCCGGCUGUCCAACAAUCGACUGAGCCUCGCCACCGGUUUGACGGAUCACUUCGGCUCGGUGUCGCCGCUGAGGCCGUGCGCGCGGCUGGAGCAGCUCUAUCUGGCCAACAACAACGUGUCGGAGAUCUACGCCGACUGGACCCUGAACAUGGCCAAGCUGCGCAAGCUCGACCUGUCCGACAAUCAGUUUAGCUCUCUGAUGACUACCGAUCUGCAAUUCGUCUCGUCCCAGCUGGACGUCGAUCUGCGCCACAAUCGCAUAGCCGUCGUGAAUCUCGACCAGCUGGAGCUGCUCACGGCGAACCUCGACCAGCUCCAGCAGCAGCAACGACGUUUGAGCAUCAAGCUCGGCCACAAUCCCGUGCAGUGCGACUGCAGCCUGUAUCCGCUGCUGCGCCACGUCUCGGGCGAGAGCACCACGCCCCAGGCGCGGGCCUACGUGAGCUUCGAUCUGGACGAGGCACGCUGCUACGGGCCCGACUACGCAACCGGCCGACUGCUGAGCAGCUUCGAGGCAUCGAGCUUCAAGUGCCUCGUCGACGUCGAGUACGACAAGAUGAACGAGGACGAGGAGGAUGAGGAGAAGGAGGAGGAGGAUGGCGCGGACGAUUACGAGGCGUGCGGACCCACGGGACCGUGCGACUGCUGGCUGAGGCCGGCCGAUCGGGCCCUGCUGUUCGACUGCUCGGAGCGCAACCUGACCGAGGCCCCGCCGAGACUGGCCAAUCACGGCCAGGCCGACUGCGUCGAGCUCGAUCUCAGCCACAACUCGCUGAGGCGAGCGCCGAGAUUCGAGCAGGCCGGCUACGAGCGACUCUGCGCCCUGGACCUCGCCGACAACGACAUCGGCGAGUUCGAGCAGACGAAGCCCGCGCCCAACUUGAAGGCGCUGAAUCUUCGAGGCAACAAUCUGACGACCAUCGACCCGGCCACCCUUCGAGUCCUCGGCUCGUCGGCCCAGCUCGAGCGCCUCGGCCUCGACGACAACCCCUGGUCCUGCGACUGCCCCAACCACGAGCUGCUGCUGUUCGUGCAGCAGCGCGCCUCCGACGUCCUGAAUCUGGCCGAUGUCCGUUGCGCCGACGAGAACGGCACGAGCCUGGCCUCGCUCACGGCCCAGCAGCUCUGCACCAGCCUCCUCGGCGCCGGUGUACCCACGUGGCUCGCCUGGCUCUGCUCCUGCGUCGGCGUCCUCGGCUUCGUGCUCGGCUGCUCGCUGGCCCUCUACUACUGCUACCAGCGCGAGAUCCAGAUCUGGCUCUACUCCAUGAAUCUCUGCCUGGGCCUGGUGAGCGAGGAGGAGAUCGACAAGGACAAGCUCUACGACGCCUUCAUCAGUUACUCGCACGCCGACGAGGACUUCGUGAUGAACGAGCUGGUGGCCAAACUCGAGUCGGGCCCCGAGCCCUAUCGGCUCUGCAUACACGUGCGCGACUGGCGCGCCGGCGAGUGGAUCGUCGAGCAGAUCGAGCGCAGCGUCCAGGAGUCCUGUCGCACGAUAAUCGUGCUGACGCGCAGCUUCGUCGAGAGCGAGUGGGGCCGACUGGAGUUCCAGACGGCCCACAAGCUCGCACUGAGCGAGAAGAUGCGGCUGCGUCUCGUGAUCGUGCUCAUGGAGGACGUCGGGCCGAUCGAGGCGCUCGACGACGAUCUACGGGCCUACCUGAAGAGCAACACCUACGUCAAGUGGGGCGAUCCGUGGUUCUGGCAGAAGCUGCGCUACGCCCUGCCCCAUCAUCGUGCCGGCCGAACGAGUCGAGGCGCUGGUGCUGCUGGUGGAGGUACCAAUGGUGGAGCAGCCAAUAAUGCCGGUGGUUCCGGCGAAGACGUCGUGGACGAGAUGAUCACGACCACGACGACGACGACGACGACGACGACGACGAACAAGAGCAACGGCGGGACGAAUUUCAUCAGUCGCGCGAUCGACAAGCAGCUCGACGCGGUGAGGAUCCUCAUGAUGGACGAGGUCAGGAAGGACAAUAAUUUGUAGAUAAAAAAUAAUCCACGACGAUAUGGUGUAUUACACGAUGUAAAUUUAUUUAUUUAUUAUCAUAUGUGUUUCGUAUCGUGUACGAUGAUGACGACCACGAAGACGACGACGAUGUGUUGUAAUGUAUUUGUGUGUGCGCGCGCGUGUGUGUGUGUGUGUAACUUUUACGCAUGGAUAUUUUGUAUAGUGAAACAAUUGUAUAUUCGUAGUUGUAAUUUGUAUAUAUUUAUAUAUAAGAGAAGCUGAAAAAAAAUAAUGAAUAAAGAAAAAAAAAGAUUUGUCAGCAGUUCGUUGCGUUAUAUAGUCGAGACGAUAAAGGUUUUAGUUGGUGCGACGCGACCCGCUUACGAUUUCGAUCCUCUUCAACCUUUUGUAUGGAAAAUAAACAAUUACAAGCUGAA